CUGCGCAUGCGCCGCUGCCUAACAACUCUGCUCCAGGAAUUUCUCCUGGGAGAGGCCAGAGUGUCCCAGGGCUUGGCCAGACCCACAGCCCUACCGGUGUGGGGCCGGGUGCGGGGACUGAAGAAGGGCAAGGGCGAGCGGCUGGGGCGAGGGCGAGCGGGAGGCCAGCAGGUGGCCGCAGCCAUGGAGAGGCUCUCAGCAGCCGCUUUCUAGGGCCUGUAGGACUCGCGCCGCCAAAGUCCCUUCAGUCAGCUGGUCUACACCAGCAACGACUCUUAUGAGAUCCACCACCACAGGGAUCUCAGGAAUAUCCACGAAGCUGCCUGGCAGGGCCAAGACCGGAAGCUGCAGAAGAUGAUGAAGAAGAGGAAGACAAUGGACCUGAACACAAGAGACGCGAACAAUAGGACUGUGCUACACUUGGCCUGUGCCUACGGCCAUGAGAAUGUAGUAACUUUACUGGUAGACAGGAACUGCUUGCUUGACAUCUGUGAUGGCGAAAACAGGACACCUCUGACGGAGGCUCUACAAUGUCAGAGGGAGGCUUGUGCAAAUAUUCUGAUAGAUUCUGGUGCUGAUCCAACUAUCGUAGAUGUGUAUGGCAACAUGGCUCUCCAAUAUGCAGUUUACAGUGAGAGUUUGUCAAUGGUGGCAAAACUGCUGUCCUGUGGUGCAGAUAUUGAAGUGAAAAACAAGGCUGGACUCACACCACUUUUACUGGCCAUAACAAAAAGAAGUGAGCAAAUUGUGGAAUUUUUACUGACAAAAAAUGCAAAUGCAAAUGCAGUUAAUAAGUUUACAUGCAUUCAUCAACAACUUUUGGAAUAUAAGCAAAAGAUAUCUAAAAAUCCUCAAAAUAGCAAUCCAGAAGAAACAUCUGAAGGAACACCUGACAAGGCUGCACCCUUGGCAGAGAGAAUGCCUGAUGAGGCUACACCCGUGGUGGAGAGAAUGCCUGAGGAGGCUGAACAUUUGGCGGGAGAGAAGGUCUGAUGAGGCUGGAGGCUUGGCUGAAAGAACGCCUGAUGAAUCUGCACCCUUGGUGGAGACAACGCCUGAGGAGGCUGAAAGUUUGGGGGAGGAAACCACUGAUGAGGCUGCAGGCUUGAUGGAAAGAACACCUGAUGAGGCCGCGCCCAUGAUGGAAAAGACGCCUGGGGAGGCUGAACACUUGGCAGACAGAAGGCCUGACGAGGCUGAAUGCUGGGAAGAAAGAAGGCCUGAUGAUUCUGAAAGCAUGGAGGAAAGAACUCUUGAGGAGGCAAGGCUGAAAGCCUGGUGGAGGGAUCGCCUGACUGCAAUUAGCUUAGCUUAAUCAUUUCUCUUUAUGGAGAUGGGAUGGGGGUAAUGGGGAUAAUGGAAUAAUAAAUGUCUAAAUAAAUUUGUGUUUCUGCAGCAAGAA